CCGGCCAGGAGCGGAAAAGGUUAUUCAUAAGACGCUUAACCCUUACAAUUUCUUGGCAACUCACCGAAACCCAACUUCUGCUUACACCCAUUCACCCCGACCAAAUAAACUCCCCUUCCCCCGCCAAACAAUGCGCGUCGAAACGUUCCCCCUCUCGCCCCCGAGCCUCGAGGAGCUCGCCGCGCACCUCCAAGCGCCCCUCGCCGCCAACUACACCCACGCGUCCGUCGGCGUCGUCCGCUGCCCCGACCUGCGCGCCGCCCCCUUCCACCUGGCCACCGAGGGCCUCUCGGGCGACGAGAAGAUCGCCGACGUCGGCGGCCAGCCGAACCUGUUCCCCCGCCCGCGCCUCGACACCAUCUGGUCCCUGCCCGAGGUCGCCAGGGCCAUCGGCAUGAGCCCCGAGAGGGGCGGCCUCAUCGGCGCCGGCGCGGGGCCGUUCCAUGUCCUCGGCCAGAACAGCGAGCUCGCGCCGAACCUCGGCUGGUCCGGCGGCCUCGGCGAGAAUGAGAUUGACAACCGGAGCCGGGUCAUUCUGAUCGAACGCGGCAGCGAUGGCGGCGACGGCACCGCGGGGAAGAAGAACGCUGUCAGCGUCCGGGCGGCGCCCUCAACCGACUGCGGGCUGAUGGCGAAUCUGUUCGCGUCCCGGGGCGAGCCGGGCCCCGUGCUCAGGAUCGCGGCACGGGGACGAAAGGGGCCCGAGAAGAGCUUCACCGAGUGCAUCCGCCAGGGCCUGCGCGCCGCGUACGGCGACGAGCGGACCGUCAGCCUCGGCGGGGUGUUCGUGGUGAGGGCGGGCAGGGCGACGUACCACGUCAUGCCGGACUUCCCCCCGGAGCGCGACCUGCCCUUCCGGGACCGCAGGGCGGUGGAGGAUUGGCUGACGUUCCACGACUUUGACGCGCCCGUCGUGGGGCUGUCGGUGCUGCACUCGGCGGACCCGGCGGGGGGGAUGGCCCUGCGGAUGGAGCACACGCACGCGUUCUCGGCGACGGGGGAGGAUGCCGGCGGCCACUACCACUUCGAGGCCGAGGGCGAGGGGGACGUUAUCGAGUACGAGGGCUACUUUAAUACCGCCAAGGCCAUCUAUCGGGUGGACCGGCCGGCGGGUUCGAGUUGAGUAGAUUUCGACCGAGGGCGAACGACGGGUUUCACUGUUUUUGUGUUGAGGAGCCCAUUCCAGGAUGGUUUCCAAUUUUGCCAUCAUGAGACACUCAGUAGGCAAGCGGCGUGACGAGAAGACAAUUGAAUGUUGAAAUUAGUAGAGCGACGGAUCAUCUACCCUGGCAGCAGCUGGUCGUUCCUCUGUGUUGUUCCACGACUUACUGUACAAAGCGAUGCUAUCGAAUUCUAAGACCAACUGUCGCCAAGCUGGUUGCGACUUGACAGAAUUAUAUAAAGUAUGCCUUU